AUGGUAGUUAAGUUAGUUUCUGCAACGGGCGAGGAAACACAAUUAAAUGUUGGAGUUGAGAUCUCCAUAGGCAGAGACAAAAAAAUAUGCAAAAUAUGCUUACCUGUAACGGCAGAGGGUGUUUCAAGACGACAUGCUAGUCUUCUACUCUCGGCAGAGGGUGUUCUAACACUAACGGACUCCAGCUCGUUUGGAACAUAUAUUAACGGAUCCAAAGUGAACAAAACUAAAAAGGUUUUAGAAAAUGGUGACCGAAUACUGGUGGGAGAAGCGAGUUUCACCGUUAUUAAGAAACAACCUACUUCUCCGGGGCUUAUGUUGAAGCCGGUGGAUUUCAAACAGUCUUUUAGGAAAAAUGCAACUCCAAAAUCAAAGAAAACACCUGUUAUAACGGAAAGUCAAAGAAAGAUGUCGGAGUUUUUUCGCCCCUCUCAGUCUGUGAAAAGUACUCUUGUUUUAGCUGAGGACACUCCUUAUAGUCAAAUCGUCAAAACGUCCCCCUCGAAUUCCCGCUCCUUUGUCAAAGAUACUGCCAAGGCAUCCGAUCAGAAUCUCGAAAUUGUGAUUGAUGAUGACGAUGAUGAUGACUUUUGCCUAACCUUGUCUUCAAUGAAAACAACACAAGUAAAAAACGUCAUUCCUCUAAAAACAAUCCAUGUUCAACCGAAGGCCAAAUCUUCUCUGUUCUCAAAACAACCUACUCAGAAAAACUUCUUGUUUAAUGAUGUUGAAGUAUUAGCCGCUGAUACAGUGGACUUUAAAGAUUCAUAUCCCAAAGAAAACAAUUCGGCUCAGAAAACUGAUAUUGUUGUUGAUACUAUGAUGCAUUGGGGCGAAACGAAGAAUGAGACUCUUGCCAGGGAUACAUGUUUCUCUCCAAAUGAGACAAGGAAAAAUUCAACAAAUUCACUGUUGUAUCCGGGAUUUCCUCCAAGUUUUGCACAACCAGAAGUUCGUAAAGGUGUAAAACGUUCAGUACUCUAUCCAAUGAGAAAUGCGGCUGUGAGUAAUAUUUCAUCUCUUGCUUUGGCUCCCUCUGAGCCACCACCUAAACGGAAGUCCUUUCUUACAAUGCCUACUAUGGUCGAUGACGCAGUUUAUGAGGAAACAAAGAUAUUAACAGACUCGAAUAUUUCAAUUUUCGAUACUAGGGAGAAACCUAGUAGUCAAAAAUCAAAGAGAGGAAGGAAGCCUGUUGUAGAACUCAAAGAAGAAGAGAAAUACAGCCAUGCAAGCGUUACUCCCAACAGGGAGUUAUUGCGUUGCAUAUACAGUGGCCAAAAGUAUGAAGAGGAAGAGGAAGAAGAAGAAAAAGAAGAUCCAAAACAUGAGUUGAAGCCUAAAUUCAAAAAAAUAGAAGUUCAAUCUGUCGUAAAUAAAAUGGAUAAGCUUAUAUUGUUCGUUGACAUGGAGAGAUCAGAAACGUCAGCUUCGGAAUCUAAAUUGAACAAUGUUUCUGGCUUCCCAUCGUAUUCAUCCUGCUCUAAUCAUGUUAAUUUCAAGAAAUUCAAAAAGGCUAGUCAAGGAAAGUUCAACAACACUCGUAAAAGCAUGUCCAUACUUGGAGGGUCCAAUGAUUUGGUUGAUUUUCGGUCAAUAUAA